CCCAACUCCCUCACGGGCCCCCCGGCGGCGGCUGCAGCGGCGGAGCCCCCGGCCCGGGCCCCAAUGAGCAACUCCCGCAAUAACCGGGUGAUGGUGGAGGGGGUCGGGGCCCGCGUAGUGCGCGGCCCGGAUUGGAAGUGGGGCAAGCAGGACGGCGGCGAGGGCCAUGUGGGCACCGUGCGGAGCUUCGAGAGUCCUGAGGAAGUGGUGGUGGUGUGGGACAACGGCACGGCCGCCAACUACCGCUGCUCCGGGGCCUACGACCUUCGCAUCCUGGACAGCGCGCCCACUGGCAUCAAGCAUGACGGAACCAUGUGUGAUACCUGCCGCCAACAACCAAUCAUUGGCAUUCGAUGGAAAUGUGCAGAGUGCACAAAUUAUGAUUUGUGCACAGUUUGUUAUCAUGGAGAUAAACAUCAUUUAAGGCAUCGCUUUUACAGGAUUACUACACCAGGAAGUGAACGGGUUCUGUUGGAGUCUCGUAGAAAAUCUAAGAAGAUUACAGCCAGAGGAAUCUUUGCAGGUGCCAGAGUGGUACGAGGAGUGGACUGGCAGUGGGAAGAUCAAGAUGGAGGAAAUGGGCGUAGAGGAAAGGUAACGGAAAUCCAGGACUGGAGUGCCUCGAGCCCACACAGUGCAGCCUAUGUUCUCUGGGAUAAUGGUGCUAAGAACCUUUACAGAGUUGGCUUUGAGGGCAUGUCUGAUCUAAAGUGUGUCCAGGAUGCCAAAGGUGGUUCUUUCUACAGAGAUCAUUGCCCUGUGCUAGGUGAGCAGAAUGGCAACAGGAAUCCUGGUGGAUUGCAAAUUGGUGACCUGGUAAAUAUAGAUCUUGACCUAGAAAUUGUACAGUCUUUGCAGCAUGGUCACGGAGGAUGGACCGAUGGAAUGUUUGAGACUCUAACUACAACUGGAACUGUGUGUGGUAUUGAUGAAGAUCAUGACAUUGUAGUACAGUACCCAAGUGGCAAUAGGUGGACCUUCAAUCCUGCUGUCCUCACUAAAGCAAACAUCGUCCGAAGUGGGGAUGCUGCACAGGGUGCAGAAGGGGGCACCUCACAGUUUCAAGUGGGUGAUCUUGUGCAAGUUUGUUAUGAUCUGGAAAGAAUUAAACUUCUUCAAAGAGGACAUGGUGAAUGGGCUGAAGCAAUGCUUCCAACUUUAGGUAAAGUUGGCCGAGUACAACAGAUUUAUUCAGACAGUGAUUUAAAAGUGGAAGUUUGUGGAACAUCUUGGACAUACAAUCCUGCAGCAGUUUCCAAGGUGGCAUCUGCAGGAUCAGCCAUUAGCAAUGCAUCUGGUGAAAGACUCUCACAACUUCUGAAGAAAUUAUUUGAAACCCAAGAAUCUGGUGACCUCAAUGAAGAGCUGGUAAAGGCUGCUGCCAAUGGGGACGUGGCUAAAGUGGAAGAUUUGCUGAAAAGACCAGAUGUGGAUGUGAAUGGGCAAUGUGCUGGCCACACGGCUAUGCAAGCUGCUAGUCAAAAUGGGCAUGUUGAUAUUUUGAAAUUACUUUUGAAGCAAAAUGUGGAUGUAGAAGCAGAGGAUAAAGAUGGAGAUCGAGCAGUUCAUCAUGCAGCUUUUGGAGAUGAGGGUGCUGUUAUAGAAGUCCUGCACCGAGGUAGUGCUGAUUUGAAUGCUCGUAAUAAACGCCGGCAGACGCCUCUUCACAUUGCUGUCAAUAAAGGUCAUCUUCAGGUUGUGAAGACUUUAUUGGACUUUGGUUGUCAUCCCAGUCUCCAGGACUCCGAAGGUGACACCCCUCUCCAUGAUGCCAUAAGUAAGAAACGGGACGACAUUCUAGCAGUUCUUCUGGAAGCUGGAGCUGAUGUGACCAUCACAAACAAUAAUGGGUUUAAUGCCCUGCAUCAUGCUGCACUUCGAGGAAAUCCCAGUGCAAUGCGAGUUUUGCUAUCGAAAUUACCAAGACCAUGGAUUGUGGAUGAGAAGAAAGAUGACGGCUAUACAGCUUUGCAUUUGGCUGCCCUGAAUAAUCAUGUGGAAGUGGCUGAACUGCUGGUACAUCAGGGAAAUGCAAACUUGGAUAUCCAGAAUGUGAACCAGCAAACCGCCCUACACCUUGCCGUUGAACGACAGCACACCCAGAUAGUUAGGCUUUUGGUCCGUGCAGGUGCUAAACUAGACAUUCAGGAUAAGGAUGGCGAUACACCUUUGCAUGAAGCUCUGAGGCAUCACACUUUGUCUCAACUACGCCAGCUACAAGAUAUGCAAGAUGUGGGGAAGGUAGAUGCUGCCUGGGAACCAUCAAAAAACACAUUAAUCAUGGGACUUGGUACCCAGGGGGCAGAGAAGAAGAGUGCAGCAUCGAUUGCCUGUUUCCUGGCAGCCAAUGGGGCAGACCUCAGCAUCCGAAAUAAGAAGGGCCAGUCUCCACUUGAUCUCUGUCCUGACCCAAGUCUCUGCAAAGUGCUAGCAAAAUGUCAUAAGGAAAAAGUCAGUGGCCAAGUGGGCUCUCGGAGUCCUUCUAUGAUCAGUAAUGAUUCUGAAACUUUAGAGGAGUGUAUGGUGUGCUCAGACAUGAAGAGAGAUACUCUUUUUGGUCCAUGUGGGCACAUUGCGACCUGUUCUUUGUGUUCUCCUCGUGUCAAGAAAUGCCUCAUCUGUAAAGAACAAGUUCAGUCCAGAACAAAGAUUGAAGAAUGUGUGGUGUGCUCUGACAAGAAAGCAGCUGUUCUUUUUCAACCUUGUGGACACAUGUGUGCUUGUGAAAAUUGUGCCAGUCUGAUGAAAAAGUGUGUGCAGUGCCGGGCAGUCGUUGAACGGAGAGUGCCUUUCAUCAUGUGCUGUGGUGGGAAGAGCUCAGAAGAUGCUGCUGAUGAUAUCUCAGGUGGGACUAUCCCAGUGUUGCAGAAGGACAAGGACAACACCAAUGUCAAUGCAGAUGUGCAGAAGCUGCAGCAGCAGUUGCAGGACAUUAAGGAGCAGACAAUGUGCCCUGUGUGUUUGGAUCGUCUGAAGAACAUGAUUUUCCUCUGUGGCCAUGGAACGUGCCAGCUCUGUGGAGACCGAAUGAGUGAAUGCCCCAUUUGUCGCAAGGCAAUUGAACGCAGGAUUCUUUUGUACUGAUUGAGAAACACACAAUGUUUUGUUAGCUAAAGUAUGUGAUCAUGAGAUCUUAGUAAGCUUUUAAGCUAGUUGGAAGUUUAAUGAAUUGAUUUGUAAUUUUAUAAUUUCUUUAUUAGAGUGUAAUUAGAUUAUAAAUGUACCACCACCACCACAGUGAAAAACUCCACCACACAGUGUUUGAAAUUGUGAUUUUUUUUCUUCUUCUUCUUGAUUUUGAGUAUCAAAUCCAUGGUAAUUCAUAGAAAAUUUGCUUUUGGUUUCUAGGAGGAAAAUCCUUUAAGGACCUCCUUUUAUACAUGUUUUUAUUACAUUUUCUCUCUUAAUUUAUAAAUUUGUUAAACCUCAGUAGAGACACUUCCAUGUGAUCAUUUAUCCCUCAGUUUAUCAUGAUUUCACACAGUAAAAUGACAAUUACUCCAGAAAGUCAUGUAUGAAAUGAAUGGGGCAAGUCAAGCUAUGUCACAUGUGUUAAAUGGUAAAGCUAUAGUGCAGAUUCUGCAUGGUUAAGGAAGUAUUGAAGGAAAGAUUAUAUUUUAAAGAUAACUGCAAGUUAUGCAAAUGUUUCUGAAUUCUUGAGUAAAUAGAAGCAUAGCCAAAGUAAGAGAAUAAUGACUACAUUUAGCUUAUUUUAUAGAUUUAAAAGGAGAUAAUGACUUUACAUUUAGUUUGUUUUGUAGAUUUAAAAGGAAAAUUGUUUGACUUAAGUCAAAUGACCAGUUUUCACACGGAAAAGGAAAGCUAAAUCAUAAUGCAGCCCUGAAGGCAGGCAUGGAGCAGUGCAAGAGUGCCGACUAACCGACCCUCAGCAGUGGCGAUUCCUGUAUUAGGUGUGCACUGUUUAGAUCAACUAGCUUAUAGAAAAAGGUCUCUGAAAAGCGCAUUUCCGUUUUCCCAGUGAGGCAGACCCAGUCUCGAUGUAAUCAGUGGAUUGACACUGUGUUAUUUGUGCCACUAAGGUCUGUUCAGCAAGGGUGAUGCAUUGUUAGAGGCAACAAUCUUCUGUGUGUCUGUUACUUCUGACAGUGUUACGAAUUCCACCUUCAUCAAAGACCUUCCAUUCUCUCAGUAAUUCUUACUGUAAAGAAUACAGUUUUUCUACCUACAGAUGGAGAUAUUAUUUAAACUACCAACAAUAGCCAAGCUAUAGUAAAAAAACUUAAUAGCGUACUUAUUUAGAAAGAGUGCCAGGACAUUGUGGAAAUGCAUGUGAUUACUUGUAAAAUUGGGAGAGGGGUACACUUUGCCUGUAGAGGAUCUAAGCAUUUUAUCUCCUUUGAAUGAAUAAUCUUUUUAUCUAGGGUAAAUAUACACAUAAGUGGUUUAAGGUUCCUUGCUGCUAGACUAUAAAAAAUAUCAGCUGUUUACAGUUUACAAUAGUGUCUACUACUAUAUACUGUGUAUAAGCUUUCUCUCUUUUUUUUUUUUUUUUUUUUUUUUUUUUUUUUUCCGUUUCCACCUUUGACCCUGGCUAGCUUUUCUUACUCUGUUUCUCUGCUGUAGUAACAAAGGUGCAAAUUCAGUGUCCAGCUGUCAUAGUAUGGUUUUGCUGGCUGUGUAAUUGCUGCUUCCUUUGGCAGGCUUCAUGAAAGUGGUGGUGAGCCAUGGGGCUGUGUUUGUAGUCAUUCUGUAUCUGUGUUUAGCUGAGUAACUGGUAUCAGUUUUUUUUUCUUCCUUUUGGUUUUUUGAGACAGUCUCACUAUAUAUUACAAGCUGGCCUGGAAUUUACUGUACAGCUCAGGCUUGCCUCAAACUUAGGAUCCUCCUGCUUCUGCCUUCCGAGUGUGGGAUGAGAGACACGAGUCAUCACAUCCAACAUUUAUUAAUCAUUUUGGAUGAUACAAUUUUUGUAAAUUUCAAAUUAGAAAUUUUUUGUGACUAAUUAUCUAGUAAAGAACUCACAAGGCCAUUUUCAAAGUAUAUUUUGAGGUUACAGAAAGAUGCAUCCACUGAUACGAUGUUUACACAAAGAGACAAACUCUUGCAGAUUUGGAAAUAGCAGAAGUGAGGAUUUUCUUUUUCUCCAUGCCAUAGGCCACCCAUCUCUUUCUACUACAGCAGCAGGCAAGGAAGGUGCUUGCUGAUCCGCAGCCUGCCAGUCCGAGAGCCUGUGGCUACAGAUGCAUUUCACCUCAGUCCUUUUUAUCUUCUGACCUGCAGUGCUAAAACUUAUACCCCUAUAAGGUAAUAGCACCUUCCAGACUAGUUUCAUUAUUUCUUCCAUAUUAAAAAUAUAACAUUAAUUUCUAUGAUAGAAGUCAUAAAGUCUUUGUAAUUGUAGUGCUGAGUACUUGUGGGUUUUCUCUGUUUGUAUUUUUGAAGUUUGUUUUAUGAAUAGAUAUUCUUCUAUUCAUGUCUUUAAGCACCUAAAAUUAUUUUAAAUUUGUUUUGGGUUUGUGGGAGACAGUGCGAUUAAGAACUUAAUCAUGUAAGUGACUUUCCUCCAACUCUGAAACUGCUACCUCUUAUUAUAUAUCUCUUAGCAGUGCUUUGCCAAUUAGUAUGUUUCCUCAUUAUCUAAACCUCUUUCCUGUGCCUCUAAAGAGUUCUUACUUUUCCUAAAAUUAUUUUUACAAUGACAUGCAUUCAUUUAAAAAAAAUUGUAUAUUGGGCUUCAGAAGCUAGAUAGAAAAAAAAGAAAAAAAGAUCAGCCUCUUAGUGCACUCAGAAUUUGUGAGCAGUUGUAUAUAAAGUCAUCUGUUGCUGGGUGUGGUGGCUCACGCUUUUAACCCCAGCACCCAGGAGGCAGAGGCAGGCAGAUCUCUGUCAGUUCAAGGCCAGCCUGGUCUACAUAGUGAGUUCCAGGCCAGCUGGGGCUACAGGGAGGCCUUGUCUCAAAAAGACCAAAAUAAAAUAAAAUAAAAUAAAAUUAAUAAAAUAAAAUAAAAAGUCAUCUGUUGACUAAAGAAGGGGAUCCAAAGACACUGUUAGCAUUCCUAUUAGGGUUUCAGGAGAGCUGUCGGUGAGUAGUAUUUGGAUUCCCUUUCUCUGUACUCCCUUGCCCUACAUCUUCUCCUUUAUUCUUCUAUGAUCAUCAGCUUUCUUAUUCCAGACACAGGCAACUCACCAGACGGUGCUAUCCUAAUUGUACUUGUUCACAUAGUUUAACAUUUUUACUUAUACUAUAUAUAUAUAAUUUUGUUGGGAGCAAGGUUUUCAAAAGAAGAUAAUUUUAUAUAGUAUAAGAAUAUUAUGCUAGGUAAGUAUUUAGUUGCUAAAUUAUGCUUGAUUAAGGUAUUUGUAAUUUUAAACAUGGCAGAUUAACCAACAGUCGACUGAAGCAUAAGAUUAAUUGAUAGAUAAUGUUGGAAGUAAUUUUCUUAAAUUUAUAUUUUUUGAUGAUUUUAGCCCGUAAGAACAUUUUAGAAUAUCGAAAUGCAUGCUUCAAAUUUAAAAGCUUGCUGGGUCACUUUUACACACCAGAAACACCCUGUGUUGUGUAUGUGUUGCCUAGUUGCUGUUCUUCUUUAAUUCUGAAUUGUGGACACUUUUUGGACUAGGAAUAGUUAAACUUGUGAACUAAGACAACGAUGAAUUGGGUAGUCAGGUCAGGACAUUGGGGUUGCAACAAAUAGGAAACAGAAAAGCAAAUAAGAGGAAAGUGGAUCAUUUCCAACAGCGUUAGUUGGGAGAGUAUAUUUAAUUAAAAAAUAAAAAGGGCCUGUUAAUUUUUAGUAUGGUUUGGCAGUUAGUUUUUUGUACAUUGCAGAUUUUAGUACAGCUUUUUUUUCUUUUUUGGUUUGUUUAAGUUCCAAAAGGAAAGCACUUAUUCUCUCAGAGUGUCUGAGAUGUUCUGUAGUAAUAAUUUGUGUAAAAUGGACUCAUGGGAUAGAUUUUUUUGCAUUUUUAGUUGCGGUGAAAACUGUCUAUCAUAAGGCUUGCCACUGUAACCGUUUCUACAUGUACACCAUUCAGUAGUGCUGCUUACACUCGUGUUGUUGGGAAACAGACCUCUAGAGCUGUAUCUUGCACAACUGAAAUGCCAUAACCAUUAAAUGACUCCUUUUUCCUUCUUUCUCCUGUGGAGUAGAACUUUAACCAUUUAUAAAUCAAACACCUGAAUUACUUAGUAGUUCAUUUGUGUUUGCAAUAUCUACAGUUACAGUAAACAUCAAGUUCCUGAAAUCUGCAAGGAGGACAUCUCUCUCCCUUCCAUAAUUGUUAAUAGUAAUGAGUUUUACAUGUAUGUUAAUUGAAAGAGUUUAUUAUUUCAUUUUGAGCCAUAGAGGAGAAACACAUUUUAGAUAUCAGAAAUAAAUUAACUUUGAAUUUGUACUAAAUUACGAAGGUAAUAGAUUUUCACAAGUUAUUUGUGCCUUGUUAAAAAUAUCAGUUGUCUUUAAGUCUACCUGUCAUAGGUUUCAGAAUACAUUUUUCUUUCAAAAUGACAACCCAAUUUAAGUUGCUUGAAUACUACAAUAGGAAUGCUUACUGGUAUUACUUGAUAAUCAUGUAUAUCCUUGGAACUUUAACAUAUAUACAGCUAUAGCAGUAUUAAUAAUUACAGUUGUAUGCCUUUAAAAUAUUAAAUUUGAGGAAGCUGUUUAAUGUCUCAUGUGUAUGUUGCUUUACUACAGUGAGAGGGAAAUCCUCUAGCUUGAGCUUGUACUGAUAAAUGAUUAGCAGUGGGUAAAACUACAGUAUAGAAAGAGGAACUGGAUAGUUGAUGAAUUGAACUGGUUAAGUUGAUAUUUGGUAUUUUCUACCUCCUUUUCUAUCUGAGUAUUGCUUUUUUUUUUUUCUUUUUUCUUGCAACAUUUUGUCUUAUUUGUGAGUGAAAAGGAAUUGGGAACCUGAAGUUAAAAUUGAGAUUUUUUUUUUUUGAGAAUUUAAGCAAUAGAUACAAGAAAAGUAACCUGAACCUAAAAGCUGGAAUUGAUGUGUACAGAAUGUCUAAGAAGAAUAAUAAUGCUGAGUAUUUGAAUUGUCCUGUUUAGUCUUAUGACUUCUCUCCUCCAAAAAAGCAAAAUGGUCUUCUAAUUUUUUAUAAAAUAAGCAAAUGUGCCAUUUUGUCUGAAGUGUGUAAUUUUAGGAAGCUAUUGAAAGUUCUGACUCAGGGCUUUUUAACAGUUUAAGCAAUUCUAAAUAUAUUUUAGAAACUCCAUCCACAUAAUUCUUCAGUGCCUUGAAAGAAUUAUUAACCUGGUGACACCGUCAACAUUUUAUAGAAGGUGAUCGAUCGGCAGUGUGCUGUCCCUGUGUGCACAUUCCUGAGUCCUGCCUGAGCUCAUGUGAUUGCGAUGCUGCCUAUGCAGGGGUUCACAUCAUUCUCUGAGGGAAAUUUCUAGAUUUGCACUUGAUAUUUGGUUUUUUUUGUUGUUGUUGUUGUUGUUGUUUUUAAAAUUGGUUAUUCAAGGCCAUGGCACUGUUACCAGAAAAGUGAUUCUAUGUUGUUGUUAUGCAGAGUCACCAAAAGUAGCUGCUGGGAAGAGGAGUGGGCUCUUUUUAGUACAAAAGGAGGACCAGUUUGGGAAACACAGGUUGUCGUCCCCUCCAGUGAAAACAAAACCAAACCCUUUAUUUAAGUGCUUCAGUUAAGAAUUCAUUUAAACGAGAUCAUGAAUUGUGUGUCAUUCUUAAUGCUAAUCUUAUAGACUAAGUCUACAUUUUUCUGUUUCCUCCAGUGUAUGUGUGCCAUUCUAAAUACAGUAUAUUGAAAUGAUAAAAAGCAGUGUCAUGCAGAAGUGUUUUGCUUUGUAUUUUUUCCAGUUGUUUUUAGUUUUCAAUGUUGGAAUAAAUUUAAAGUCUUGCUUC